AUGCCCCUUUGGGCGUCACGGAAGUGCUUUUUUCACAUGAAUGGGGACAAUGAUAGAAUGAUAGCUCAUACACUCAUAUUAUCAUCAGUUUCAUCUCCAUGUGGAAAAUUUUUGAUUUUUGGGACCAAUACACAAAAUAUACUGAUCUAUUCGUUAUCCUCAUUAUCUUGUGAUGCACAAGUUGAAGGGAAACCAGAAUGUGUGAUCAAUGUGAAGUAUGCCAAAGCUAUUUAUUCAUUAUGCUUUGGGAAAGAGUAUGUUUUCUGUGGGUCAGUUGGUUUGAUUGUUAUCUACAAAUGGACUACACCUGACGAUGGCUUUUUAAAGUAUCACGAUACAGUUCAUCUAACGUCUUCAGAUCUUUACACAACUGUUUCUGAGGUUACUAGCUUAUGUUUUAACACGGAAACCAAUUCUUUGUUAGCUGCAUUAGGUGAUGGGACCAUUCAUACUUUCUCUGUUGGUUGUGUUAUUAAAGAAUACCUAACAUUGGUGGCACAUAAAUCCGCCAUAUAUAAAAUUUGUAACGUCGGCUUGCACGAGUUUUGUACUUGUUCGGAGGAUGGUACAGUCUGCUUUUGGGAUCAAAGAGUAUCACGAAAUGGAAACUUUAAAGCUUUAUCUAUAUUUAAACCCCAUCUAAUUGAUGAGUUAUCGCGACCUAAACUUGGGUCUUGGUUAACGGCAUUGUCCUGUAAACAAUCUGAAGAAGACUGGUUUGUUACUGGAGGUGGCCCUCGGCUUUCUUUGUGGAGUAGGCGUGCGGGAAGAAAUGUCUCUAUACUGCAUCCUGAAGGCCUACCGGAUACUUGGUAUGCGCAAACCGCUAUCUUCUGUGACAUGGAUAAUGAUCCACGUAUUGUAUCUGGUGGUAAUUCGAGUCUCCUGUAUAUUUGGGAUCAUGUUGGGAAUCUCUUGGCUUCAUUAGAUUUACAUGAUCCGCCUAAUUCGCGUAUUAGUCAUACUCUAGUUGUGGAUACAUUCAAUCUUUCCGAAGCAGCUGAAGCUUUAAAGUUGAAAUAUCAUUCAGAUUGUGCUUUUGUUGUUGGUGGGUGUGGACCGGUAAUACGUUUAGUUGCUAAUCUUGGCUAUCCUCUUGGCGUACUGCAUUUGUCAUGA